AUGAAGGCGCUUAUACUCAUUGGGGGAUAUGGGACGCGGCUACGGCCGUUAACUUUGAGCAUACCAAAACCGAUAGUGGAAUUCUGCAACAGACCGAUGCUCUUGCACCAAGUUGAAGCUCUCUUGCAAGUGGACAUAGAUGAGAUCAUACUAGCAAUCAACCGCCAGGCUGCUUCACUGGAGCCUUUUAUUCGAGAUUCGUGUAAAUCGGUUCUGCGCGAGAGGGACGUUAAGCUUACAUUUUCAUAUGAAGAUGACGCUUUAGAUACGGCUGGUCCACUCGCCCAAGCUGCUCCUUACUUGCUCGCGAAUGAGGAGUCAUUUUUUGUUCUCAACAGUGACAUAAUAUGUAACUAUCCCUUCAAAGAGAUGCUAGAUUUCCACUUGCUUCAUGGCCACGAGGGAACAAUGGCCGUAACCAAAGUUGAUGAGCCCUCGAAGUACGGCGCUGUCGUUCACAAUGACCAAACGGGACUGGUGAAAUUCUUCGUUGAAAAACCGUCUGAGUAUGUGGCUAAUCGGAUUAACGCUGGACUUUACAUUUUUCGGCCGAGUAUUCUGCGUCGGGUUCAAAACAAACCAAUGUCAAUAGAGACCAGUGUCUUUCCUGCGAUGGUUCAAGAGGGCGAGCUCUACUGUAUGGAAUUCAAAGGUGUGCUUCUUUCCUGAUUCUGGAUGGACAUUGGACAACCAGCUGACUAUUUAGAAGGCGUUCGUUUAUACUUAGCUCACCUAUCCGAACAAAAAUCUCUAGCUCUAAAAACCCUCCCGGAUCUCCUUGGAAACGUUAUGGUUAGAGAUUUAUUUAUAUGCCAAAUUUGCAAAUGGGACCCGAACCUCGAAGAUUUGUGCAGUGACCUCGUCUGUCGCACUGCGAUCGAAACUUCCAAGAUACGUAGGACUCUACAUAACCUCGAAUGCACCUUCUGCGAUUGUAAUUGGCGUGUUCAUAGUGGACCAGCUUCUUGGCCUUCGACUCACUUAAAUUUCACCACUCACCCAUUGUUUCAGGAUCCGACCGCAAAAAUUGGAAAAGAUUGUCGUAUCGGUCCGAACGUGACUAUAGGUGCUCAUGUGAUCAUUGAGGAUGGCGUGCGCAUAAGCAACUCAGCAAUCUUCUCCAGGUCUGUCAUCCGUUCUCAUGCGUGGCUGAAUAACUGCAUCGUCGGAUGGCGCUCCACCGUUGGACGAUGGGUACGUUCCGGAUGGCGUCGAACCCCUAAUCUGGAUUGCCAGCUGCGUGCGUUCGUCAGACCUCUAACCAUUGACCAACCUAUUAUGAUAGAUUUCCAGUGUCACGCGGAUAGUUCAGCGGGUCGCGGAGGUACACCAACCGUCACACUACGGUACACAGAUCCGACCGCAAAAAUUGGAAAAGAUUGUCGUAUCGGUCCGAACGUGACUAUAGGUGCUCAUGUGAUCAUUGAGGAUGGCGUGCGCAUAAGCAACUCAGCAAUCUUCUCCAGGUCUGUCAUCCGUUCUCAUGCGUGGCUGAAUAACUGCAUCGUCGGAUGGCGCUCCACCGUUGGACGAUGGGUUCGCAUUGAAAAUAUGACGGUGCUUGGAGAGAACGUACGCGUGAAAGACGAAAUUUUCCUCAACGGAGCGUUGGUUUUGCCCCACAAUGCUAUCUCUCAGUCAGUGACAGAACCCCACAUUAUCAUGUAA